AUGAGUAUUUAUAAUAACAUUAAAAAUGAUGUGGAAUCAGAUAAAAUUGAAUGGAAAGAUAUUUCAAUUGAAGAAUUUAACGCAUUUCUUGCAGUAACAAUAAUACAAGGACAAUUCAAAGAUAAUAAAAUUGCACUUGAUGCGUUGUGGCAAAGUGAAAAAUCAAGUAUAUUAUAUAAAGCACCAAUAUCUUUAAAGAAAUACAAACUCAUCAAAAAAUAUUUGAGAUUUGAUGAUGGUGCGUAUUUAAGAGAAAUUGCAAGAAUCGAGUUUAAAAGUGUUACUGAUGACAUUUCCCAAGAUUCCGAAGAUGUAUUAGAAGAAGAUCACCAAGAAGAACAAGAGAUAUCACCGAUUACAAGAACAUCUACCCCAGAAGUAGAUUUGGACUUUAAUUGUGAUUUUGUCACAACACAAAGCCAAACAAUUGAAGAUGGCAAUACAUCUAUGUGUUCUUUACAACAAACUGCUAGUUUUCAAGUACCAAUAUCAACACAACGUAUCACGAAUACCAGAACCACUCAACUCAGAAUGCUUCCUUCACAUAUGCUUCGACACGACGAACGCCCCAUGACAUCUCAAAUCGUUUCACAACAACAGACACCAACAAGACAUAUUACUAACUUAACCACACAACUUCGAUUACAACAAUAA